AUGUGGGAAGGCAAAGAGAGAGAAAUUGGGAAGGCUGAAAGCAGUUACCGGGGCAUGAGCACGGAACAAAGAAGUAAGAUUUUAGAGAUGAGCAACUGAAACCCAACAUUGAGAGAGAGAAGCAAGCGAAAAUCUCACAAACAAUCCAUUUGGAGUGGGAAAAAGUGAACAGUGGAAGGUGCAGUAAUGAAUUCAGCCUAACUUAUUCCACUAAGAUCCACUUUCCAGACUUUCUGAUGAGUCAGACUCAAGCUGAAGAGCGGCUGGUUUCUUGAUCAAAGGUUUGUUCCUGAGAACAUUGUCCAUUUCUGGACUGUGUCCUGUCACCGAUCUUCUGUACAUCUUUCAUGUGCAAGUCUUUGACCAUGUUGGACGUUGAUUGCUAAGGCACUUUUUUUUUUGCCAUAGAUUUGAUCACUUCCAAAGGACGCUGCAUGCGGAGCCUUAAAGCAUUCUUCUGAGCCCACAGCAACUUCCAAUGAAACAAUGAGGGAAAGUCAUAAGGAGUAUGCAGACGACAAUGAGAAAGGGAUCCAUAUUAUCAAUAUCAAGGCAAUUGAAGACAUCGCAUAUGUCCAGUCUGAUGGCAUGUUGCUAAACUCCUUGGGAGCAGAUCGGGACACCGGCUGUAAACAUGGCUUAUUCUUUGGAGAUGGGCAGAGGAAAGUGGAUUAUAUCCUGGCAUUCACCUACAAGAAGUCUUCUGGCAGCAGAACACCACACAAAAAGAACCAUAACAGCAACUCUGUACAUAGCUUGCACAGCCCAAAGGAUGAUCACCAUCUGCCUGGGGGAGGAGCUGACCUGGAGGCAAUGGAAGCAGAGCCUAAAAUGGAUUAUCAUGAAGAUGACAAACGUUUCCGAAGGGAAGAAUAUGAAGGCAACCUGAUAGAGACUGGUCUAGAACUGGAAAGGGAUGAAGAGACCAAACUGCAUGGCGUUGGCUUUGUAAAGAUCCACGCUCCUUGGAAUGUUCUGUGCAGAGAAGCUGAGUUUAUGAAACUCAAGAUGCCCACAAAAAAGGUGUAUCAUAUAAACCAGACACCAGAUCUAAUGCAGAAACUGAGCUCUUUUAUUCAGAAAAUAUGCGAACCAAUUCAGCCAAAGGUUGCUGGGCUCCGACCCCAGACAGUGAAACAUCUCUCCUACCCCUUCUCCAGGGAGAAGCAGCACUUAUUCGAUAUGUCAGACAAGGACUCGUUUUUUGACAGCAAAACAAGAAGUUCCAUUGUGUAUGAAAUCUUGAAGCGGACAACUUGCACCAAAGCCAAAUACAGCAUGGGAAUUACCAGUUUGCUUGCCAAUGGUGUGUACAGUGCUGCCUAUCCACUGCACGAUGGUGACUAUGACAGUGAAGCUGAAGCCAACGAUAGGAAGCUGCUGUGUGACGAAUGGGCAAGUUAUAGCGCUUUUUACAAGUUCCAACCGAUUGACCUUGUCAGGAAAUAUUUUGGAGAGAAGAUAGGCUUGUACUUUGCCUGGCUAGGAGUUUAUACUCAGAUGCUUAUUCCAGCUUCAGUUGUGGGAAUAAUAGUGUUCCUGUAUGGAUGUGCCACUGUUGAUGAGAAUAUUCCAAGUAUGGAGAUGUGUGACACAAGAUACAACAUUACCAUGUGCCCCCUGUGCGACAGGACUUGUAACUACUGGAAGAUGAGUUCUGCAUGUGGUACAGCCAGGGCCAGCCAUCUUUUUGACAACCCGGCUACAGUAUUCUUCUCAGUCUUCAUGGCUUUAUGGGCUGCCACUUUCAUGGAGCACUGGAAGAGAAGACAGAUGCGCCUCAACUACCGAUGGGACCUAACUGGUUUUGAAGAGGAAGAGGGCAUGGUCAAGGAUCAUCCAAGGGCAGAAUAUGAGGCCAAAGUUCUGCAGAAGUCUCUGAAAAAAGAAUACAGGAACAAAGAGAAGCAACAACACGUUCCUGAAGACAACCCAAACAAGUGGAAGCAGAGAGUUAAGACAGCUAUGGCUGGGGUGAAAUUGACUGAAAAGGAGAAGCUGACCUGGAGAGACAGGUUUCCGGCUUAUCUAACAAAUAUGGUGGGGAUCAUUUUCAUGAUUGGUGUGACGUUUGCAAUUGUGUUUGGAGUCAUCAUUUACCGAAUAUCCACCGCUGCGGCCUUAGCAAUGAGCUCGAACCCCAACACCCGUGCAAAUGUGAGGGUCACUGUCACAGCAACGGCAGUGAUCAUCAACUUGGUGGUGAUUCUGAUCCUUGAUGAAGUGUAUGGUGCUAUUGCCCGGUGGCUUACACAGCUUGAGGUCCCCAAAACUGACAAGACAUUUGAAGAACGCUUGAUAUUCAAGGCUUUCCUGCUGAAGUUUGUCAACGCUUACACACCCAUUUUUUACGUGGCCUUCUUUAAGGGCAGGAUUGUUGGACGGCCUGGAGAUUACUACUAUAUAUUUCAGUCAUUUAGAAUGGAGGAGUGUGCCCCUGGUGGUUGUUUGAUGGAACUGUGCAUCCAGCUAAGUAUCAUUAUGUUGGGGAAGCAGCUGAUUCAGAACAAUCUCUUCGAGAUUGGAAUCCCAAAGAUGAAGAAGUUGAUCAGAUAUCUUAAGUCAAAAAGGCAGUCCUAUAAGGACCAUGAAGAGCACUUGAAGAAGAAGCAACGUUAUGAGGAGGAUCAUAACCUAGAACCUUUUGCAGGACUAACUCCAGAGUACAUGGAAAUGAUUAUACAGUUUGGUUUUGUCACCCUAUUUGUUGCCUCUUUUCCACUGGCUCCACUUUUUGCUUUGCUGAACAAUAUAAUUGAAAUCCGGCUAGAUGCAAAGAAAUUCAUUACUGAGCUCAGGAGACCCGUAGCUGUAAGGGCAAAAGAUAUUGGUAUCUGGUAUAACAUCAUUCGAGGAGUUGGAAAGCUUGCUGUUAUAAUCAAUGCCUUUGUGAUCUCUUUCACAUCCGACUUCAUACCACGACUUGUUUACCUCUACAUGUACAGUCCAGAUGGCACAAUGCAUGGCUUUGUGAACCACACGCUCUCCUACUUUAAUGUCAGCGAUUUUAAACCAGGGAAUGAACCCACUCAACCUGUAGAUUUUGGAUAUAAAGUGGAAGUGUGCAGGUACAAAGAUUACAGAGAACCAGCCUGGUCUUUAAAUAAAUACGAUAUUAACAAAGAUUAUUGGGCUGUGCUGGCAGCACGACUGGCUUUUGUUAUAGUUUUUCAGAACUUGGUCAUGUUCAUGAGUGAUUUUGUAGACUGGAUCAUUCCAGAUAUUCCCAAAGAUAUCAGCGAACAGAUCCACAGGGAGAAGGUCCUCGUGGUUGAGGUGUUCCUGAAAGAAGAGCAGGGAAAAUUGCAAAUGCUGGAAACAUGGAAGGAGCGCGAGCGAAAAAAAGGAGAAAACUGCAAAAGCCCAAGACUCUCCCGCAGUCAGAGAGGAAGUUCAGCCUCUAUGUAUUGUCAUCGUGCGGAUGUUUAAAGAGUGCGCAGGACGGUUUAAGGCUUUCAUUCCACUGAUCAAAAUAAUCAGCAACUCGACCCACCAAGAGCUAAUGAGUUCAUCUUUCAACUAAAUUAGCUCUACCCUUGGUGAAAAUUGCAGGACCAUGUUUUAAAAUGAGCAGAAACCCUUUAAAACACUGCUCAUGUGUGUUAAAAUUACUAAACUUAGCAAUAGUAUAGGUUCAUUUGAUCUUUAUUGGGUUUUUUUUUUCUUGGUUGUGCUGGAGAUCCUUCAAAACUGUUUCUGAGCUUUACUCGUAGAAUUAACCCCUGUGACUGCUGGAGGUCUUGAUGUCCAUUGUAAUAUUUUGCACAGAGUUCUGAUUUUAAGGCUUGCAUGAGACAAGCGCCUAGUUCCAUGGAUAUCUUUACUGGACACGUCUGUGCUGACAUUCCGCAGUGGACAAUUUCCGAGUGCACUUAGGGCACCUGAAUCGGAAAGAUUCUUGGAAUGAUUCUCUUUCUACCAAGAGGUGGAUGUAUUGGUUAUCGGUUGCACGAUGUACCUCUUCUUUGGUCAUGAAGAAUUUUUCACUGUCCGUACUGGACAGUUCCGUUGAAUGCAGCUUGCGAAGCCGAGGCUGUGUUAACAGGUUAAGCCUGCAGAGAGAAUAUUUUUAUAGAAACUACCUAUGCAAUGUAAAGAUUUCCUUUUCUUUAUAUAAAACUUUUAUACCUAUUUAUUGAUGCAAAGUUUAUUAGGAAGCAGUAUAUUCCUGCUUCCGCUUUCAUGACGGGAAAAAAAAAAAUCUGCACCGGCCUUCGGUACUAGAAAACCUCGGUUAACAAAAUUGCAUUGUCUGUUUUUAUUGUUUUGAAUUUACAUAGUUUGAUUAAAAAAAACAAUUUUAACUUGCCAUUGUUUAUGCAACUUAAAACGUUAAACCUGCGACGUGUAAUGUGCUUUCAUCUGCAGGUGUCGGGUGCCUUUUAAGACUGGCAAUGUUGCAUAGCCAUCGUUCUACACACUGGCCAACCAAGGACACACAAAAAAAGGUCUAUGGUGGCUUCAGGACGUGAUUUACAGGAAUGUUUAUACCAGGGACGGAACUAGGGGUAGACAGAAGUGGCACUUGCCUAGGGCGGAAAGGCACAGGGGCGCCAGGCACGUACAUCUUCUGACGCCUUCCCCGAGCUCGGACCGCUAUGUUCAGAAGCUGUGGCUGCACUUCUAUGUAGUUUACGCAUGCACA